UCAUGACCCCCUCCGCCCUCCCCGUCUCCCGUUCCUAUUCCGGAGUCUUCGGGGGAGCGCUGGCCCUCCCCGUCCAGCUAUGAAGAUAACGUGCCCGCCUGCAAAAAGCGGCGGCUACACGGGUUCAAAGGAGACGGUGUCGGUUUUUCUUUAGAAAACAAAUGUGCGAUUUUUGACGAAUUUGUGUCCCGCUGAACCCCCGGAGGGGGGGAGAGUAAAACUAGUCGCGGCCGCCCUUGUUUACAUUCGACGCCCCGUUGCUCUGGUAAUAAGAAGCGUCCAAAAUGGCGGCCUUGAUGCAAGGCAACAUCUUCGAAAUCACAGGGAACGGCCCGGCGCCCAACAAGGAUUAUUAUCAGAUUAUCAUCACGCCCACGAACGUAAUCUGGAGAUGGUGGAAAAUCUCUCUUCGAAGUCAAUUUCGAAAUGUAAGACCUGGUGAACGGAUGGACUCUCACAAUGACUUCUUAGAAGAUGAAAACCUACAAAGCAUAGUUGGUAUCAUUUUUGGCAAAGGGAUCCUCAAAUACAUUUGUAACCUAUGCAGACAUGAGUUUGAUUAUCUUGAACGCCUUCCUGAUCCCUUACUGCUGUACACAAUUUCAUAUUUGGAGUUGGAGGACCUGUGUGCACUUUCUCAAACAUCUAAAAAAAUGAAAAAGCUGUGCAACUCCAAUGAUAUCUGGGAAGAUAUUGUUCUACAGCACUGUGACACCAUCACUCCAGAGAUGCGAGCGUUAGCAAUUGAGAUUGGUUGGAAGGAGAUUUUCUUCACCAGCAAACUUCAGCUGCAGAAGCAGAUUCAACGAAAACGACAAAAAUUCAAGGCCAUUUUAAACAAUAUGAUUUAAGAACUAACGUCAGACUUCUGGACCUACCGUUGCAAGCAAGGCUCUUGCUGAUACAAAACCAUUGUAGAUCUAGCAUCAAUAUGUGUUCUUGUUCAAUUUCGUCAAAUAGCCACGGAAUAGCCUGUGCGCUUUCAAAUGGACAAGUGAUGCGGGUUCUAGUGCCAAUCGCAAGGUUACUGUUCCUGGCAAUAUAGCAAAGACUUGGAGCAGGAAGUCUGAUUUAUAUUGCAUGGUAUAGGUUGCUUUCAAGUGGGCAAGGUAAAGAAAAACGUUCGAUUUUAGUGUGUUAAGUACACCAGAAAUUGUGUGUUGCUAUUUUAUUGUCAUUGAAGCGCAGGUCACACAGCUGGUUCUUGAGUCCCAGUUCAUACAGCAUAUUGGGUGCCAAAUCACUACUUACCUUAAGCUGAUUCAUCACCAUAGACUAAAUAACUUGAAUGUGAAAUAAGUGUCUCAAUUCAAUAAUUUAGGUUAAUCAUUAUUGUUUUGUACAGAAUUUAAAAAGGGAACCAGAUUGGUGCCAAUAUUCUUGAGAUUUUCUGACAAGUAAACUACUGGUAUGGAAAAAGGACUGGUUGAAAGAUAGAAGGCAGACCAUAGGAGGGAAAUGGAUGAUUCUCAGUUUGGUUUUGUGACGUUACUGGCAUUCCCUGGAGUUCAAGGCUGGGAAUUCUAUUUUUUUUCCCCAUUGUAGAUAGAAAAAAAUUGAGUGAUUUAAUCCAAUGAUUUAGCAAUAUCUAAGUUUGCUGGCAAUACCAAAUUAGAGUGUGUGACAAAACUGAGAAAGAAUACAGUAAAGCCUACCUUUAUAAAUUGUA